ACGUGUGAAGAGGGCGUAGCCCUACCAUGGCGGUCUUUCGCGAGGUGUUUCUUGUCCUUCUGCUCACGGCCGCUGCAGUGGUGAGCAAGCCCAAUAUAGUGUAUGUUCUGACUGAUGACCAGGAUGUCAAACUUGGAUCCCUGGAUGCUCUACCUGUGCUGAAAUCCUUGAUGACAGACCAAGGCCUCUACUUUGACAAUGCAUUUGUAACCACACCAGUAUGUUGCCCUUCUAGGUCCUCAAUUCUAACAGGAAAGUACACUCACAAUCACCACACCUACGAGAACACAGUGGAAAGAGGUUGUGAUGCACCGUCUUGGAGGACACUCAAUGAAAACAAAACCAUGGGUCCUUACAUGAGCAUGGCUGGUUAUAAGACAGGUUUUUUUGGAAAAUAUCUGAACAACUACGGAGAACCUGGUUCUGGUGUAGAUCUGAGUCAUAUACCACCUGGAUGGACAAGAUGGUUUACUCUGCAGGGAAACAGUAAAUACUACAACUAUUCAGUCUCCAACCAAGGAGUAAAGGAAUCACACGGAGACAACUACACACUUGACUACUUCACUGAUGUCAUAAAAGCUGAGGCAGUGAAGUUCAUUGAAGAAUCUUCUGAUUCUCCUAUCUUUAUGUACAUAGCUACCCCAGCCCCACACCGCCCAGCUACUCCUGCCCCUCAGUAUGAGAGCAGGUUUGUGGGCCAGGUAGCGCCCCGCUCUCCUUCAUACAAUUUCGAUAGCAAAGAUAAACACUGGAUUAUCUCAGAAGGUACUCCUGUGAUGACAAAGGAAGUAAUUGGAUUAGUUGAUGAACUGUACGAGAUGCGUUUGGAGACACUACUGUCAGUUCAAGACCUGCUGGAGGCUGUAGUUGGAGCCCUGGAGAAACAGAAAGUCCUCAACAACACAUACAUCUUCUUUAACAGUGAUCAUGGCUAUCAUCUGGGACAGUUCAAACAACAGGGGGAAAAGAGACAGCCCUAUGAGGAGGAUAUCCGUGUUCCACUUAUUGUGCGUGGUCCGGGGAUAAAACCCAACACAACAACCCAAGCCCUUGCACUUAGCAUCGACAUGGCACCAACAUUUCUGGACCUUGCUGGGUGGCCUUUGCCAGAAGACAUGGAUGGUCAGUCAUUGAAGCCAAUACUACUUGGAGAAGAACCAGCAGAGACAAACUACCAAUUUCUGGUGGAGUAUUUUGGAGCAGGAACAAGCCCUGGUGUUGGCUGCUUCUAUUAUGGACCUUACGUACCCUUUUUACAUGAUUGUGUCAAUAACACAUUCUUAAGCUUGAGGAUGCACGACAGUCAAAAUGGGGAUCAGAUAUUUUCAGAUUUCUUUUCAACUGAUGCAGUUCCUAUGUCACAGAGUGAUAUAUACUUCAGGGAGUAUUACAACAUUACAGAGGUAAAACUGCAAGUUGCACAGUAGUUGUUGGGUUGGUUCACUGUGUGCUUUAUUGGUUACUUGGCUCUAUUAUAGGAUUACUGGGAGCUGCAUAAUGCUGUAGCUUCACUUACUGACAAAGAGACUGAAGAGUUUGAGAAUACUAUCUGGAACUUCCAUAUGUGCACUGGUAGCAGCUGCCACAAGAUGAGGGGAAAGAAGAACAGUCGAGCUUAAUUAUUGUUGUUUGUAGCAGUUGUUGUAAAUGCUCACAUGCGAUGUUUUGAGUACAACAGAAUAGGUUGUGUAAAGUCAUGCUAGCAAGAGCUAUAGGCAAAAGGUUAUUGUAUGUCAAUUCUCGGCACACAUGUGCAGUGUUUGUGUGUUCAUGGAAGGAGAUGAUGGAUGAAGAGUAAGUUGAUUGUAUGAGAAGGCACGGUAUGAAUGAUGGACACAGGUUAGAGAUAUAUAUGAAGUUUCCCUGAGAAGUAUUGAGUUAGAGUGGGCAUUGCACAUACAGAUAGAGGUCAUUAUUAAUUUCCACUGCACUCUGUAGCCUUCUCUACAUAGGCCUCUUCCUCCUACAACUCACUCGCUAUAAUAAGACCUUCGGAAAAUACUCAAUGUGUUCACUUUAACUUCACUGGGGUAUCUUUA